AUGAGCAGUAGCCUCAAAUUGACUAGAGUGGAGAGAGAAGAAAAGAGGGGGGCCACACACUACGGGUUCAGCGAAAGGUUUAGUGGGUAUGGAGUCGAACCGCCCCGAAACAGGGCAGUGUUUGACGAGGAUGCAAGCGCCGGAGCCAGGAAGGCACCUCCAGGGAUGGAUGGAGAGGGAGGGGGGUGUGUGCCAUAUGUACGGAGGGCCGCCAAUAAUUCCUGA